UGAGACCGCAGCGGAGACUGAGUCGGAUCCUGGAAAGCGAGCGCAGCCGAGCCCAGCCGAGCCAGCGGGACUUCAUUUCGGUUGUGAGAGAGCCAGAGAGCGACCUGGCCCACAGAGCCGGCGCUGAGCAGCCAAACAGCAGCUUCAAUUCAGCGGCGUGACCGCCGGACGGAUUCAGACAUGGACCCGCGCAACAAAGAGCCUCUGUGUGAGGACGUCCUACCUGUGGUGAUCAUCGGUAAUGGACCUUCAGGAAUCUGCCUGUCGUACCUGCUCUCAGGUUACACGCCCUAUCUGUCUCCGGAGGGCUUCCACCCGAACCCAGUCCUGCACAGCAAGCUCACGCAGAACCCUCAUCUGUCUCUGUUUGAACAGGACCUGGAGUACCUGUGCGAAGGUGUGGAGGGCCGAUCGUCAAACCCGGUAGCCGUGCUGUUCGACUCGCUGCUCCUCCCCGACAGUGAUUUCGGGCUGGACUACGCCUCCCCGCUGGAGUGGAGAUACGAACCGGAGAGAGCCACUCCUCACCUGGUCCUGGGAAAAGGUCCUCCGGGCGGAGCCUGGCACGCGAUGGAGGGAUCCAUGCUGACGCUCAGCCUUGCCAACUGGAUGGAGCUUCCAGGCCUGAAGCUGAAGGACUGGAUGAGGGAGAAACGCAGGAACGUCCGUAACGACCGCGCCACGCCUGCUGAGAUCGCCUCCUACUACCAGCACUACGUCAGACAGAUGGGCCUGGAGAGGAGUUUCGCCUGCGGCACCACUGUCACCUCCGUCCGCCGGGGGUCCCUGAGGUCCGGCCGCUCCGUGUGGAAUGUCCAGGGCCUUCAGCGUCGAGCAGCCGAAGGUGAACAGCAGACGGACGCCGAGAUCCCGUUCUCCGUGUGGGCCGAAAACGUGGUCUUGGCCACCGGCACCCAUGACAUCCCGGCACGGCUGGGCGUGGAGGGCGAGACGCUGCCCUUUGUGUGCCACAGCUUCUGGGAGCUGGAGGCGGCGAUCUCCUCUGGGCAUCUGGACCAGGCGUCCGAGCCUAUCCUCGUGGUCGGGGCGGGACUGACGGCCGCUGACGCCAUCCUGGCUGCCCAUCACCUCAACACACCCGUCUACCACGCCUUCCGGCGCUCCGUGGCCGACCCGGCGCUUAUCUUCAACCAGCUGCCCAAGCUACUCUACCCCGAGUACCACAAAGUGCACCAGAUGAUGAGCCAACAGCAGCGCCAGCCCGGCGAGUCACCAGCCGACAUGGUGAGCCAGCGCCUUUCGUCGCCCAGAGACGAGCGGGCGAGCUCUCCCUGCUCCUACCCAGGCUACCUCAGCUUCCCCAAGCACCGUGUCGUCGCCUUCAGACCCGACGGCAAGUGCGUGCUGGAAGGCGAAGGCGGCCGGCAGACGGUCCUGCAGGUCUCCAUGGCGCUGGUAUUGAUCGGCGCCCACCCAAACUUGUCCUUCCUUCCUGAGCAGGGCCGCCCGCUCUCCCUGGAGCCGCACGAGCCCAUCAGCUGCCGGCGGAAUCCUGUCGACGUGGACCCGUAUACGUAUGAGAGCGUGAAGGAGGCGGGGCUUUAUGCCAUGGGGCCGCUGGUGGGCGAGAACUUCGUGCGCUUCCUGAAAGGCGGCGCUCUUGCUAUCGUGUGUGACCUGGCGCGAAAACAGACGAUGCGUGGCCAGAAGAACGUGCAGGAAAGUUCUGCCGGACACUCGCUGAGCUGCCAGCUGUCUAACUGCACUCUGGAUGCUUAGAAAGUAGACAGUGAGGGGCACAGUAUGCAGGAAAUGGGUUCCAUAUAAACUGACUCAAUUGUUGAGGGUCUCAGGCUCGCAGUCUUUCUCAGCUCUGCUCUCUCAGCAGCUACCGCGUACACCACGAGAGAGACGGCACAGCCGGUGCCUGAGGAGAAGAGUGGGGCAUUAAGAGGAGCAUAAUAGAGAGCAUAAUAAGUAUGUUUGUGUGCACUAUACGGCCAAAAUUACCCAGACGGCUACUAAGGUCACUUUGCCCGUAGGCUGGGGGUGGGAGGCGUUGGGUUGUGAGGCAUCCAUCCAGCUCCAUCCAGUACCUGAUGAGUUAGAGUGAUCAAGAACUGUCCGUCCAACAUCAGUACCUGAUAUUACACUUCUUUCAUUGUGUAGAGUUGACCAAACCCGUCCUUCAGUAAACAGAUACAAUAAUACUUUUUAAUGCAAUAAAACGUAAAAACAGAAGUGCAGAAAUAGCAGUUCAGAAAAGUACGACUGCAGUAUAACUACUGCUUAGUACGUCCAGCGUCCAUCAGCAAAGGAACUGCUGUAUAUGUGUGUAUGUAGGGCUCCGUUUUCCUCUUUUUGGAUUCUUUUUGGCUUAAAAUUAAAUGAAAAAGCCCAAGAUAUAUAACAGAACACAUUAAAGGGCCCAUAUCAUUUCCCUCACUUCAGAUUGGCAUUGUUGAAUUCUCAGUACGUAUCGUUUAUUCCCUGGUCAGUACAGUCAAGUACAUAUGGAAACUAUGCUGAAAAAAGAACAGAUUCAAAUUCAGUUUUUGUGAUGUCAUAAAAACUAAUUUACAUGUAUCUGCCUAUUUAGCCUACAGCAGUUUAGCCCUGCCCAUUCAUGCUUGUUCAUGAGUGUUUCAGCCCAGACUGCUUUAUGAAUGAGGUGCAGCCAAUCAGAACAGAGCUCAUUUACAUGUGUCUCUCUUAAAGGCACAGUGACGGCCUGUUUAAAAGCAAUGGUUCUUUUAGGGUUCUUCCGAUUGAUGAAGGGUGUUUUUUAUAUAUAUAUAUUUUUACAGGCUUGACAUUGUAACAGUAGAAGAACGCUUUUUCGUGCUAUACAGAACCCCUUUCAAAAAAUUUCUAUUUAGAACCAUCUACAGCACAUUCUCCAUCAGUCAGAGGAACCAUUUCACCCUUUAAGCAUGAAAUGGUUCUUUAAAUGUUCUUUAAAUGUCUUUAGGAAAGAACCCUUUAAGAACGGUCAUUUUUAAGGGUGUAGGAGGUGGAGAGAAAAUUGUAAAAUUACAGAUUAAUUAUGACUUGUUUUGGUGUAUAAAUCAACAUGAAGUGGAAAAACUAGGAUACGGGCCCUUUAAUCGUGAAAAGUUAAUAGGGUAAUUAAAGCCAAUAGCUAAAACAAAAACUAAUAAAAUGCAGAUUUCUCUAAACAUUAAAGGUGCACCUCCAGCCUCGCGGUUCCUCUGCUGGUAGAUAUCCUGGAUGUGAGCUCACUGAUGCACUUACUGAAUGCAAUCAAAUCCUCACAGCAGUGCCUCACAGUGUCUUUCUAGAAGAGCCGAGGCUGUCACUGUAGUAAACGCCGCGUUAAUGCCGUUCACCUCAGAAGAAGCCCAGAGCUGUUGGUCGUGCAGUGGAGACGCUGUUGAUCGGCUCGGGAGCUCAGACGAGCCGUGCGCUCCGUGCGCUGACUCCGAUAUUCCUGGUUAACGUUUGACUCGCUGCUCAGCCGUACAUGACGCAGAACAGGGUCAGUGGAUCGAGGCGCUGGAACACUUCAGGGAGCAUCACUGUUUAAUAAGCGUGUAAUAAGCGCGGUGUGGCUGUUUAUACGCCUCAUACUUUUACAUGGAAAAUGUAAAUAUUGCCGUUAUGUUUUUAUGAAUGACGCGUUUAUAAAGACUCAGAGGCAGCGAUGAUGGACAGCAUGAGUUCUUCAUGUGAAGAAGAAGCAGAGAUUUUAACUUUGCCAAGCAAAUUUUCUCUUCGUAUCAGUCCUGGUACUGACUUGCCUUCAUUUCCUCAUUUCAGUCAUUUGUUGAAUGUAAGAAACCUACAAACACGUCUCAGACACAAACGCCACACGAGUAAAGUCGGAAAACGUGCUCGCCGGGCCGACACGGAGUCUACAAACGAUCUACUGAAAAAACAUGGUUCUUCAAGGGUUCUGUAGCCAGGACGCUGUUUGUAUAUGGUUCUGUAUAGCACCAAAUAGGGUUCUGCUACUGUUACGAUGCCUUGUUGCAGUAAAAGAUUCAUUUUCGGUGCUUAUAUAGAAAAAAGGUUCUGUGUACAGCACAUUCUCCGUCAGUCUGAAGAACCGUUUCACCAUGCAGAGAGCCAUUUAAGCAUGCAAAGGGUUCUUUGAGUGUACAUGGUUCUAUAUAGAACCGUUUUCCUUGUUAAAGAACCCUUGAAGAACCAAUUUUUCAGAGUCUAGGUUUAUACACAUUAAUACAGUACUGUGCAAAUGUUAUUCUUCAAAACUAGCUCACAAGAUAUCAGGUAUGUUUCUGAAAACAAGAAAUUAUUGCUCAUUUUUACUGAAUUGUAUUGUUUAUUUACAUUUAUUCUAAUGUUAAGUCGUUUUUACAAGCUAAAUACAUUUAAAUGUAUUUUGCCAAAUAAAUGGCUUCAAACUACGUGCGUAGGUACUUUUGCACAGUGCUGUGUUAGAGCUGGGCGAUAUGGUAAAAAUACAGUAUUGUGAUACUUCACGACAUUUUUACGAUGAACAAUAUGUCCUGAUAUUGAAUUUUUCCAGACAUCUGUUCAGAAAAAAGAUCUACUUUAAAAAAAAACACCAUUAAACUGUUAAUGCUGUGAUUUGAAUUCAGUAUUUGUCACAAAAUCCAGUUAAACAGGACUAUUUUUGCUCUGUUUAUACUGAAACAUGCAGUUGGUCCGUGUUCAAGUACUGACGGUAAACAUGUGAUCACACAAAACCUCGUGUCUCCAUUUUUGAGGUUUUUCAGUUUUUGAUGUAAUUUGAAAAUACCUCUCGCCUUUUAUAUUGAGUGUAAAUUCCAUUAUGAAUGGACUAAAAGAAACGACCCAAAAUGACUUGGAAAAAAUUCUGGUUCCAUUGACUUCCCUUAAAAGUAAAGCAGGUUUUUCCUUUUCCUGUAAAGUUCCCAUUUUGGAGAUGCGAGGUUUUGAUCCAACAACAGCGAAAUCCAACAUUGCAAUCUUAUUGAUCACGAUAAUAUUGCCCAGCCGUAGAGCUUAAGGCCUGGAAUGUUAUGGACGUGUUAUAUUCUGUAUAUUAUAUUAUUUUAUAUGUUAAUCGGGUUUGUGUUCGUUCACACUGGCGUUUUCUUUGAACCCUUUAGCUAGGGGACUUUUGUUUUAUAAAAUAAGAGCGUUCUGGCCUCUCCUGGUCUGUAUGAUGUUAUACGUGUCUAAAUGAUGUUGUAGAAAACUUAAUUUGGCAAUGAGAUGUUAAAGAAAUCGAUGGUUCACCAACACAGGCUUCUUACGCAGGACAGUGUGGAGAUGUUUAAAGGCUCGUUUACACAAAGAACGUGAGAAAAUUCAGAAAAUAUUGUAGAAAAUUCAGAAAAUAUUAUAGAAAAUUCAGAAAACACUGCAGAGAAAGUCCUAAAUGUGCUUUGGGACGAGACCAGAUGCAGAUCUGAUCUCUAACCCUGGAGGCGGAUCACAGUUCACAGGGAAUCGAGUGCAGAGGUGAAGCGAUUCGCGCUUACGAUCCGAUUCUUGAUUCUGAGGUCGAGAUUUGAUCGUUGAAAACUGUAAAAAUACAGAUUCUACAUCACAAACACACUUAAAGAUGGUUCUUCAAGGGUUCUUUAGUAAGGAAAAUGGUUCUGUAUAGCACCAAAAAGGGUUCUGUUGUUACGAUGUCAAGCUUGUAACAACAGCAGAACGCUUUUCCGUAAGGUGCUAUAAAGCACAGUCUUCAGCACGUUCUCCAUCGAUCUGAAGAACCAUUUCACCAUGGAAAGAACCAUUUAAUCAUGCAAAGGGUUCUUUGAGUGUUCAUGGUUCUAUAUAGAACCAUUCUCUUUACUACACUCUUAGCAAAAAGGGUUCUUUGGCUUGUAACAGUAGCAGAACCUUCAGGACAUUCUCCUUCAAUCUGAAGAACCCUUUAAUUAUUCAAGGGGUUUGAUGAGUGUUUACUGUACUAGAGAACCCUUGAAGAACCGUCUUUAAGUGCGAACUACAAAGAUGUCCUCAGAGGUUCUGUAUUUCGCCGCUGUCCAAAGAAAAUUUUUUUAUUUUUUAUUUUUACUUUUGUCCAUCGUUUGAUCUCAGCCGUCCGUCAGGCUGUGGGAAAUGUUCCUGGUGGACGGACGGAUAGAAACGCUCCGAAACGGCUUGGAAUGAAGUCUCUCUACGUUACCUCGCAGGGAACGUUAAAGCUUUGCUCUCUGUGUGAAGAUACUGUUCAGUUCCUCUUUCUACAGCAAUGAUAUGACACAAAACAUCUAUGUAGAACUGACCUGCCUCAGAGGAAGCCUCGCCGAGUCAGCUCUAGUUCUGACUGAGCAUCGGCUGUGACGGAUUUACUGAUUAGAUUUACUGAUUAGAAACAGAGCGGCGCAGGUUUACAUGUUUUUAACGCACAUUUUUCACUUCCUGAGAUCAUUACACCCUUAUCUGGAAAGGAAGUCUGGUGAAGGUGUGAGCAGCUGUGGGUUGUUUAGUGGAGAACCCUGUAAAUGCAAAGUGGCUAAAUCAGGAGGUUGUACUGACCGGUUUUGACCACCAGAGGGCCUUACUGCACACUGAUCCUGCAGGCAGCAGCAUUACAUCACCCUAAUGUCUAGUUUUCAAUUUCAGCUCAAUAAAUCGAACAAGAAGCCUAAAUGACCUCCGAGCCUCUUAGCGGAAUGUUGAUGACGAUUUAUGGUCUUGGGCCAAAUUCCUGUUUGCCACUGAAUCAUUAGAGGCCUUAAUGGGAUACACUUUACCUUCACCUGAGAGUCGGAAUAACAACACAAACUACACGUUAAGAUGCUUUUCAUGGGUUAUUUUCCCUGUAUGCAGUAGUGUUGUGUACCACUUCACAGAAGCAGCUUUCUUUUGUCAUUUUUAAAGAAAUACUUUAUCUAAAGAGCACGGUGAGCCAGAAUAACACAUUCCAGAUGAGAUUUUAUAACGUUUAUGAGGUGUCAUGUUUAUGGGGAAUGACAUGCAGUCCCAGCAGAUUGUCACCAGCUUCAAAAUGUCAUUUAAUGUCCAUGUAUUGUGACGAUUGUGGAGCUCAUGCACUGUUAAUGUGAAUGGACUGUACUAUAAAAAAGCCACUAAAAUUGUAAUAAAUUAUCAUGUUUUUCACUAAA